AUGAGGGGUGGUGAAAUACUGAAAUGUGUUCUCUGCAAUGGAUUUCAGGAGUGGAAAUUUAACUGCAUGGAUGUCCAAGUGUAUUGUGGGAAAUCCAAUUAUCUCAAUACUGUUUUUGUGGACUUGCGUGCACUACCACCACCACCACCACCUCCUCCACAAAGGCUACCUCCUGGUGCACCUAUUGGAAAUCCUCCUAGAGCCCCUCCACCUCCAAUGCCAGGAUCUGCACCGCCUCCGCCUCCUAUGGCAGCAAACGGUCCUAGACCUGCUCCUCCUGGUGGAAUGCCAUCUAUCCCACCCCCACCUCCUGUUAGUGGCGCAUCAACAGGUUUCAACAUGGGUGCUAGACCUCCAUCAAUGCCACCUCCGCAAGGAUUCUUCAUUGGUUUGCUCAUGGUGAUACAUGUUUGGAAUUUGAGUUUUGCACCUGAUUUGGUUAACUCUGCAUUACUUGUACCACCACCACAAGGUGCACUACCACCACCACCACCACCUCCUCCACAAAGUGUACCUCCUGGUGCACCUAUUGGAAAUCCUCCUAGAGCCCCUCCACCUCCAAUGCCAGGAUCUGCACCGCCUCCGCCUCCUAUGGCAGCAAACGGUCCUAGACCUGCUCCUCCUGGUGGAAUGCCAUCUAUCCCACCCCCACCUCCUGUUAGUGGCGCAUCAACAGGUUUCAACAUGGGUGCUAGACCUCCAUCAAUGCCACCUCCGCAAGGGUACUAG